AUGGAUUCAAACUUAGAAUCAUUAAGCCGCCUUUCAUUAAAUUUAUUAGAUUAUCUUCAAAAUAAUAAUUACGAACACCUAUCACUAAUUACGGAUUCGUUUCCUGAGUAUUAUUCUCGUAAAGAGUUUGAUGUUACGUUAAGAGUUGGGCAGUCGCCAGAUGUAGAAGAUUUUUAUUGUAAUUCAGAUGUGUUGGUUUCUCAAUCACAAUAUUUUCGAACUGCUUUAUCUCACAACUAUAUUACGAAGGAUGGUAACUCUAUCAUUCUUGAGGAACCUAUGGUCACCCCAAACGCAUUUAGAACGUUACUUAGAUUCCUUUAUAAAAAUGAAAUCGACUUGAACGAAUUAGAUGGAUCACUUUUUAUAAAUAUCAUUAAAGCCGCUGAACAUUUUGGUCUAAAUGACAUACUAAACGAAUUACAACGUCAAAUCAUAGAAUGCAAUUCAACAUGGCUACAAAAAAAUAUUGUAAAAGUUAUUAAUGGUUUUUUUACAGACGAUAGUGACGAAAUAAUUGAAACCAUUCAACGUCAUCUUAUUCCUAAAAUUAGCUCUAAUCCAGAAUAUUUAUUAGAAUCAAAGGAUUUGGGCGAAUUAAAGGAAUCAUGUUUCAUCAUGCUCCUAAGCGAUGUUCGUUGUUUUAUGAAACAAGGUAUCGCUUGGGAUAUCCUAAUGUUGUGGGGAAUUCGACAAAGCCAAAAUUUAAAACAGAAUAUUCCUUUGUGGUCAUUUGGAGAGUGGACAGUGCUUAAAGAAACUGUGAAAAACGUUAUCGAUCAUAUAAAAUUUGAUCAAAUUUCUCGAAACGAUUUUUAUGCAAGAAUAAUUCCGUAUAGUAAAGUUAUCCCACAGAAUUUAAGUAGCCAAACUUUACAACACUAUCUCGACAAAGAUGUUAAAUCCAGAUACAAUGAUAUAUUUCGUCGUGUUUUCCUUGAUGACUCAACUUUAAUGAAUCAUUAUCAUGCUGACUUUAUUUUGAAAUGGAUGGGUAAUAAUCGGCAAAAAAAUAUAGUACCUAUAAAAAAGCGCAAAACUAUAAAACGACUGUUUACUUUUAAACAAUUUAGCAAAUUAAGACAUAAAUCUAUUAGUCAAAAACAACAGAUGACACCCCGUAAAUUCAACCUUUUAUGUCGUAUCACUACUCAAAAUAAAGAAGAUCCGAAAACUUACAUAAAAAAUUACAAGGAAAACUGUAUUAACCGACCCAACACUUUAGUAUUGGCAAAAGUUCAUGGAUUAAACACAAUUAUUGGUGGAUUCUCUCCAAGUGGUUUAGAUCAUGAUUCUUUAUCACUUAGCACACCAUCAAUUGAUUCUAGCUUCUUAUUUUGCUUUAAAAAUGGUGAAGCAAAUAAUGAUGACUGUAUUGUUAGCAAAAUGAAAAAUGCUAGUGAUAACAAAGAUAAUAAUGAUUCAUACACUUCUUGUUUAUGGAUCGGGCCAAGAUUUGGUAACAAAGAUUUAGUUAUUGAUUUAAACACAAUGGAAUGUAUUUGUCAACCUCAAUUUUAUAAUAGCAUUUAUGAUGAUAAAGAAUUUAAAAUCGAUGAAUGUGAAAUAUUCCAAAUUAAUAAUUGUUAA